AUGACAGGCCAAUUCACUGAGAAAGACCCUCAGCGGUGUGCUCAUUAUGCGAGAUUCAUGUCACACCUCACUCUAGCUGAGGCAAACUCUAUAUUCUGGCUACUAUUCAUCACAGUCCUUAUUUUGAUGUGCAUCAGCUCACUACAACAUCACAAAUCCAACGCCAUCGCCGAGCGUGACAAAGCCCUCCCCAAAAAGGUCACAUCCUCAACAUCCCACCAGCUCAAAAAUCGGCGUCUUCGCCUCCACUACCUCUCCAUCGCCUCUCUAUGUCUCGUUCUCGCCGCCACGGCAACAGUCUUCGAAUGCUUCGCUCUCUUCAAUAUCGAGUUCUGUGAUGGCGAAGACCUGAUGCAGAUCUACUGGGGCUUUUGGUCCGUUCUCCAAGUUGGUUCUAAUAUCGCUAUUCUAGGAGUCAUGGUGCAAUUCUGGAUUGUAUUGGGAGAUAUCGAGACUCCGAGUUGGGCUGUGGCUCUAGGGACGCCGGUGCUGGUCUUUGCAGCUAUUGGGUUCGGGGGUAGGCACGUAUUUAAGGAGACUGUGGGCAGGAUUAGAAGGAAAAGACAAGGUGUUGGGGAUGAGGAGAUGGGAAGGCGAAGCGACAACGAAGAAGACCAGUUGCGUGACGAUGAUGUGGUGGGACCGAGAGAUGAGAUUGUCCCUGAGAAGUACAAUGGGGAUAGGUCAUUGAGCACUGCAAGCACCACCAUCGCGAAACAGCAGCGUGUCUCACUAUCUGCCUUCGAUUGGCGAUAUCAGUGUUGGUCGGCACAGCACGUUCUGGCAGCGUGA